AUGGCUGGAGCGGAGGAAGAAAUGCCAACGUCGCCCUUUGGGCCGUUGCUGGCAGAGCUGGCUCGCAUGCGCAAGUCCAACUUGAAUGCAGCUAUAGACGAUGUCGACUCGAUAAUUGAUUUGCUAACGGCUGCACGGGAGCAGGUGGCUGGUGACGACGACGCCCACAAGAUAAGCAUGGCUAUGACAACACUACAAAACCCCGUCAAGGCCAAGUUUGAAGCGAUAACGGACGAUUUGAAAGAUGUGACGAAAGCUCAGAGGAGCUUUGGCAAAGCACUGGAUCGGGCUCUUCCCCAUCGAGAGCUUCCCAUGGAAGCAGAUGCCAUGGCCGACCAUCCCGAUCUGAUCAACCGGGCCAUAGCGAUGCACCUUUUACGAGAGGGCCAAUUUUCUGUAGCAUCAACAUUCCUCCGCGAAGAACAGGACCAUCGAGAACAACACCAUGCGUCAGUCUCAACACAUCGCAGGAGGCCAGGAAUCGAUGAGGACGGUGACGAUGAGAUGAAUAGAGACGAGGAUGGAGAUGAAGAUAUGCAAGGGCUACACUCUGAAGACCUACAGGACAAAUUCUCCGAGAUGUACAGCAUCCUUUCACAGCUCAAGGAGCGUAAUCUCGUCCCAGCUAUAGAAUGGGCCCGCAUGAACAACCCCAAACUGGAAGCCAAAGGCAGCAACCUCGAAUUCGAACUCAGCAAACUCCAGUUCGUAUGGCUCUUCAAAGGCCCCUCCGUCAACGGCCUCCCAGAUGACAUUAACAAUGGUCAAAUGGGAGCCCUGUCCUACGCACGCCAACACUUCGCCCGCUUCCAAUCCCGUCACAUCAAGGAGAUCCAGCAACUUUGCUGUGCAAUGGUAUACGCCCCCAACCUCGAGGAGUCGCCGUACCGCCAAAUCUUCGAAAUAGACUCCGCAUUUGACGACGUUUCCACCUCCUUCACCCGCGAAUUCUGCUCCCUGCUAGGCCUCUCCGCCGAAUCACCGCUCUACAUGGCCGUCACGGCAGGAUCCAUCGCCCUCCCCCGCCUCAUUAAAUACACAACCUACAUGAAGGAAAAGAAGACGGAGUGGACGACAGAAAACGAACUCGCCUUUGAAACGCCCCUCCCUCCCUCCAUGAUCUACCAUCCCAUUUUCGUGUGCCCCGUAAGCAAGGAGCAAACUACGGAGCAGAAUCCGCCAAUGAUGCUCCCCUGCGGACAUGUCAUUUGCAAAGAAAGCCUGCAGAAUAUCGCGGCAAAGGGAUCACGGUACAAGUGUCCCUAUUGUCCUACAGAGGGGCAUCUACGUGAUGCCAUCAAGAUCACUCUGUGA